UCACCUGACUACUAGUGUGGCUUCCUGCUAGUUCGCUCGGUUGUUUUUAGCAUUGAGAUAAACACCAACCACAACGCUCGCUAGCUAUCUAGUUUACGACUAGCCUCGGAUCAUCAAGCCACACUGGGUUCAUUAGAGUUGGGGCAAAUCUUGUUUGACUACGGGAAUGCCACGGAAAAAGAAAAACGGGCACAUCCCAGCACAAGUGCCUGGACUGUCAAACGAAAGUUGCAGCAACACGAGCUACCGAACGCACGGUAGUAAUGACGACAGGGCCAUGGGUAGGGGGAACCUUCAGUUAGCGAACUCGCUGUAUCACGACAAGGACAUCGUGAAAAACAUGCAAGACAUUUUUUCUCAUUUGGACCCUGAAGUUAUUCACAUCGUCCUAGCAGAAUGUGAUUUUAAAGUUGAGAAUGCAAUGGAUUCUCUCCUGGAGCUCUCAGAAGCAGCCGAGGGUGUGGCCCCCUCCCCUCCCCUAAUCUCUGGGUUUGAGAGGGCUGCUGCCCUCCUGGCCCCCCUGACCCCUCACCCCCCCUUGGCCCCCCCUCCUCAGGUCUCUUGCCUUACCGGGACAGAAGAUGACUUCCACCUGACGGAGGACUUUGACCUUCUCAUCGACCACGAGUUAGAGACUCUGACCAGCCCUCCCCCCCCCAGAUCCCCCUCUGCCUCUCAGCCUCCCCCCAGAGCCCCCUCUGCCUCUCAGCCUGCCCCCAGAGACCCCUCUGCCUCUCAGCCUGCCCCCAGAGCCCCCUCUGCCCCUCAGCCUGCCCCCAGAGACCCCCAGCUGGUCCUGCCUGAGCUCCUUCAGAUCAGCGUGGAGACAGGGACCAGAGGCGCCGGCCAGCCCGAGAGAGAGAUCGGUGUGGGGCAGGCCUCCAGGAGCUACUCCCCGGUCACCCAGUUGAGCUUCUCCGGGGAGACUGGUUACCAGGAGCACAGCUCAUUGCUGGACUUUAGCCACCUGACAUCCUCUGAACCAGCUGGAGACAAACACAACAGUUCUUUGGACCUGGGAGCGGCCGGCCGGCCCUCAGCUUUCCAGGCCUACAGGAAAAAGGACCGGUCCAUCUCCCCUUCUCAGAACAGGGCCAUAAAUUCUGGGGGGAUGGUGGGGGGCGCCAGGGCUAAGGGCAGUGCUAGCAGAGGAACUGUUGGUGAGGAGCCUUCAAUGUUCUGGAAUGCAGAGGCCCCAGAGUUCUGCCCUCGUCCCUAUGGUAACCAGGGCUCCACCUUCAUCAUCCCGGUGACUGCAAACCCCUCCACCUGGAACACUCACACCCUGUCUGCCUCGCACUGGUUGGCUCAUGGGACUGUCAGUCAAGCGCCUCUCAAACCAACUGCCACCAUUCCUAAGUCCUGGGCCCUAGCCGCAGCCCCGGAGCCACCCCUCCCACAUGGUACGGCCCGGUUGGAAGGCCAGGUGCUGGUUCUGAUGCGGGGCGCGCCAGGGUCGGGCAAGUCAACGCUAGCCAGGGCCAUGCUGGAGCAGAACCCAGCUGGAGUUGUCUUGAGCACAGAUGAUUACUUCAGUCGUCAUGGAGACUAUAAGUUCGAUCCCUCUGCUUUGGGCGACGCCCAUGAGUGGAACCAGAAGAGAGCCAAGGAAGCGUUUGAAAGUGGCAUGUCCCCGAUCAUAAUUGACAACACCAACAUGCAGGGGUGGGAGAUGAAACCUUACGUAGCUCAGGCUGUGAAGCACAGGUAUAAGGUGUUGUUCCGUGAGCCGGACACCUGGUGGAAGCACAAGGCCAGAGAGCUGGAGAGACGGACCAAGCACGGUGUCCCAGUGGACAGGAUCAGGAGGAUGCUGGAAGGCUAUGAGCGAAUGGUCUCCAUCCAGUCCAUCAUGGGCCCCCAGGCCCCCAGGCCCCCCCAGCAGAACAUCACCCCCACCCUGCCCGUUUCUUCUGAAAUGGCUCAACCUGACCUAGUAGGUGAACCGCGAUUGGCUGAGAGCUCCAGCCAAAGGGCCCGCCCCUUCUUCUCCGCUCUUCCUGAUGUGUCGCCUGUCGGCAGGAAGUCCAGGUUGCCGGGAGACAGCGACCAGGGCUCCAGGGAAACCCUCCUCCCCAGGAACAGGAAGUCAGACAGAAAGGAAGAUCCCCAACUCCUGGCAGAGGAGAACCUGGGGGAUCUGGAUGCAGAACUAGACGCCCUGUUGGACCAGGAAGCUGAACAAGAAGUGGACCAGGAAGCAGAACAGGAAGUGGCCCAGGACUGUGAUGUGGAACUGGUGCUGAACUUGGAUCACCAUGGCAACGAGAGACCCAUGGCAUUCUCCGAAUCAAUUGGUCAGAGGGAGAGGAGAGGUAGGCGUCAUUGUAACAGGAAGGCCGCUUCCUAUAGGCCAGAGCCUGCUGAUCUGGUGAAGGACACCAGCCAAUUGGAAAAUGGACAGGUGGAGGGGGGAGAGAAAGGGAGGGAGGGGGGAGAGAGGGUGAGGCCGGAGCUGUUGGACUUUGUGGGGGACUGGCCAGUGGGGGGACUGGGGCAAAGGGGAAGGAGGCGUGGUCAGAGGGGGCAAGGACACGACGAAGAGGAGGGAGGUCACCGUGACAACAGGCUGGAAGGGCGGGCUGGUCCUGAUGUGACAGAGUUCCGGAAACUUCUAGACCUGAUCCAGACAGGUGACUCCUCCCCCAUGCCCACAACCUCCUCCCUCAACGACUCCAACCUCAUGUCCAACUCCUUUGACCAAUUAGAGGAGGGGGAGGAGAUGGCGGAGGACUCUCACAAUCUUACGUCGCGCAAAGGGGAAGACCAAGUACCUGGCAAGGGAGGGGAUGGGAGAGACCAAGUCCCUGGAAUGGGGGGGGAUGACCGGCCUGAGCUACCAGACUGUGUUUCUGCCUGGAAGGCAUCUGGCUCCUCCCAGCAGUGCACACUGCCACACAGCUCAGUGGUUGAUUCUGAAAGUGAGGAAGGAGAGGGGUUAGUCCUCGCACCAGGCGCUACUGAGACAGGGUCUAAGGGUCAAACACAAGAGGAAUCUCUCUCUUGUGAUAAUACUGCUUCAGAAAUUGUGGAAGUACAAGAUUAUCAUGAUGGUGAGGUUAUCCAUGUUGGUGAGGUCAGCCAUGUUGGUGAGGGCAGCCAUGAUGGUGAGGGCAGCCAUGUUGGUGAGGGCAGCCAUGAUGGUGAGGGCAGCCAUGAUGGUGAGGGCAGCCAUGAUGGUGAGGUUGGUGAGGGCAGCCAUGCUGGUGAGGGCAGCCAUGUUGGUGAGGGCAGCCAUGUUGGUGAGGGCAGCCAUGUUGGUGAGGGCAGCCAUGCUGGUGGGGGCAGCCAUGCUGGUGAGGGCAGCCAUGUUAGUGAGGGCAGCCAUGUUGAUGAAGGCGGUGUAGAGUCUGAUGCUGACAAACAAAACCCCAAUGCAGUUGAUGGCGGUAGCUAUGUUGGCAAGGUCACACGUGCUCUGGGUGAGGGCAGUGGGGGAGGAGACAGCAGCCCUGUUGGUAAGGUCAGCCCUGCCCUAGGUGAGGGCAGUGUGGGAGGAGACGGCGGCCAUGUCAGUGGAGGCAGCCAGGAGCGCAGGCAGCGGCAAGGUCGCAGGUCAGGGAAAGCCUGCAAGCUAGCCCUCACCUUCACACAGAACUGCCCCUCUCCCCCAAACCCCAACCCCCUGGAGAGCAGCCCUCCAGCAGCACCUCAGCAUCACCACCCUGACCCUAGCUUCAACUGUGAACCUGACCCUCCACCCGAUCUCCACCCUCGCUCCCUCACCCCUCCUCUUGUGUCCUCUGCCAUUGGAUGCCACACGCAAACCGACCCUCAAGACUUUGCCCUCCUCUGGCGCCUUGAUCACCAAGACAACAACAAUCACCAAGACGACCACGGCUCCUACACUGGUGUACUUCUUCCCGGCAUCACCGUUGUCCGCAGCAACCCGUCCCAUUUCUUGCCUGGGCUCUCAGAUGCUGCAGUUCAGCCCUCCGGCUCCCAGGGGGUGCCGUACCGUGCGGUGCACGAGAAGGGCUCCCAGGUGGAGGAGGCGGAGCUAGGGACCGCCAGCCGGGAGCAGAGCCUGGAGAUACUCAGACAGCACUUCGGACGGGUCAGCCUGGAGGAGCUGGAGCACCUGUACGACACCUGCCAGCAGAACCUGGACUGGACCAGCAACCUGCUGCUGGACUCUGGAGAGAGGCUGUACAGGGAGGUAGAGGAGGAGGUGAUGGAGGGAUCGAUGGCGUCACUGCUGCGUGGUGGGUCAGGGCUGGAGGCCAGAUGGGGCGUUCAGAUGGAGGUGGAGACACCAAGAGGUUCAGAGGGAGAAGAGCAGGCGGUCACCAGUGGGCAGGACUCCAUCCCUGAUAGUGGGGGAGGGAUGGGGGUGGGGGGGCACAGGGGAGGGGGGAGAGAGAAGGUUGGGAGUGAUGGGUUGGAGGGAGAGGGAGGUAGGAGUGGGUUUAGAAACUCUGAACCAACCCAGGGAAGAAGAAAGUCCCUAGAACAGGAAAUGACAUCAGAGGUUUCCAGCAGGCAGUCAGAAGGUGGAGGGGGAGGUUGGGUAGAGGGGCCAGGGAGGGGGGAGGAGCAGGGAGAGUCAUCAGGAGACGAGGCGACGCUUUCACUCCUGGCUCAGCUUGAGGAGAUGGACAGACGAGCGGACGAGAAGAGGAGGGAGAGAGAAGAAAGGAGGAGCAGACUGGUGAACAUCCAGAGUGUGGAACUGAAGCUGCCCACAGAGCUGGCUCUGCAGCUCACUGAGCUGUUUGGGCCCGUAGGGAUGGACCCAGGAGCGUGCUCAGCAGAUGACUACUCCGUCCAGAUGGACCUCGUCAUGGCUCGGCUGCUCCACCAGACCUGGAAGGACACCCUCCAGGAGAAGAAGAGACAAGCAGCACUCUCCUACCAUCUGCUGCAGGAGAGUUCGGUCCAUUGGGGCGAAUCACAGACGAGCAAAACCAGACCGAAGGAGGGGGCGCAGCUAGCCCACUUUCUGAUUGGUACAGACUGCUUCUCAUCCCUGGGUGGCCAAUCAGAGGCCCCGGAUGAGGCGGUGCUGAUGGACCACUGGAGUGUGUCCCGCCCACAUGUGUCCCUGAGAGACAUCAUGACCGAGGAGCUGGCCCUGCAGCAAAGACUGGGCAGGACUGAGGCACCCAGGCAUGAUGGAGCUUCUCUGCUCAAAGAGAAGCAGCUGUUCCAACUCUUCCCCUCGCUGGACACGCUCUUCCUCAAGGACAUCUUCAGGGAUCACAACUACAGCCUGGAGCAGACAGAACGGUUCCUGCGCUUCAUGCUGGACGAGGGUCCGGUGAGGACGGUCGUGGCUCCUCCCCCAUCCAGGACCCCCAGCAGGGAGAGGGAAAAGAUGCGCAAACUUCCAGACAGCCCCUCUUCCCAGCAUGCCGAGCGGCAGAUGUCCCAGCAUGCCGAGCGGCAGUACCAGGAUGUGAAGGACCCAGAGUACGAGGACUUCAGGGCCGAGGCUCGUCUGCACCAGAGCCGGCAGCAGCAGAGCUUCUCUAAGGCAGCUGAGGCCUACAGGCAGGGGAGGGGGGAGGUGGCCUCCUUCUACGCCCAGCAGGGGCGUCUCCAUGGCCAGAGGAUGCGGGAGGCCCACCAGCGUGCUGCCUCCAGGAUCUUCCAGCAGGUCAACACCCCCCUGCUGCCACAGAACACCCUGGACCUGCAUGGGCUGCAUGUCCCUGAGGCCCUGGACACCCUGGAGUAUGUCCUGCAGCUGAAGACCUCAGAGUGGCAGCAGGGUGUGUGUGGUCCUCGGCUGUCUGUCAUCACAGGAAGAGGAAACCACAGCCAGGGGGGCGUGGCUCGCAUCCGGCCCGCUGUCUUAGACUACCUCAGCAACUAUGGUUACAGGUACACAGAGUCUAAACCUGGCCUCGUGUUGGUGUCGCUGAAGACCUGAGAGCAUCACACAGACACACUCACACACAGUCAAACACUCACAUUCUCUCUCACACACAGUCAAACACUCACAUUCUCUCUCACACACACAGUGUCUAAAGCACUGCACGUUUUUCAACACCUCCACACUGGUCUACUCUAUCAUACCCUCAGAACCAACCUCCUCUUCAUCCUCUGUCUCUCCUUUUCUCUUUCUUUCUCUUUCCCCUCUCUCCCCUUCUAUCUCGCUCUCCCUCUUUCAGUUAUUUUGAUAGCUGACAAAGAAUUAACACGAUAUGACACUAUUUUUUAACAUUAUUCUGGGUGCAAAGCAAGAUAAUCUCUUAAUGUUAUUCCUGUAUAGUAUAAUGUAUUACAAAAAUAUUUUAUGAAUAUACUUAAAUUAUAUCUUGCUAUACUUUUAAACAUAAUUUUAACAGAUAAAUUUUAGUUUUAAGAUGUUAAUUGACAUAGCUCAGGGAUGACUGGCUGCACAGACUCAGUACAGACUAUGGUCACUGACGAUUUACUAUUCCUACUAUUAGUUUUAUUAUUAUUAAUUAUAAUCUAUGUCUGAAUCUGUGCUUGUCAAUCAGUCAGAAUCUUCAUCUGUUCUGAAAGGCAGGUUGGUAAUUAUUUUAAGUGGAGGCGUUUUAUAGGUUGUAGAUCAUGUUUGAUUAAGACAAGAAUUUAGAGCUGGGAUUCCCUUGGUGUUUUUUUAGAGUUGUCCUGCAGGGAAUACAGGGUUAGUCCUGCAGGGAAUACAGGGUUAGGGUCCUUAGGGUUAGGGUCCACAGGGAUCCUGAGGACCACGAGGCUGAAGCCUCCAGAGUGAUUAUGGAUAUUUUAACAGCCUGACGUGUAAAAAAUGCACCACCUUGGUACAGCUGCACACACUAAUCACAAUGCAAGAGGUUUCACUUCUUAUGUUCUGUUCUUGAAUUCAGGGUUUUACUCAGGUACACCUGCUAGGUAGCAGCAGGGAGGUGGUAGCUGCAGACAGACAGGUAGCAGCAGACAGGUGGUAGAUGCAGACAGGCAGGUGGCAGACAGACAGGUGGUAGCUGCAGACAGACAGGUAGCAGCAGACAGGUGGUAGCUGCAGACAGACAGGUGGCAGAUACACGUGCUGCGUUCUGAAUGUAGACACUUAGAAAGCUGUCAAGGGCUUUGUCUAUGAGGCGUUUAAUACUUUUUGGGGGUACAAGUUUUAAUUUUCUACAAGUGCCAUUAGUGCUGUAUCUAGCCAUAGCCAAAACCUUUUAUUAUAUUUACGUACAUUGUUGUGUGUUUAUUUUAUAAAAUGGAAGUAUGGGAUUUGCCUUUACUCUGUGCUGCUUCAAAAACCUAUAUUUUUUGUAAGAUUUCAAGCCUGGUUGAACAAAGUUGUUGUCUUUCUUAGCACAUGCCAAACAAACUACAUUCUACAAACUUGUAGAAUAAAUGUCUAUUUUUGUAUUCAGGAUUGUUGAUUUUUAAAGAUUUAAUUGAAAUUGAAUAAAGAGUUUUGUAUGCUCGGAACAGCAGCUCA